AAGAUAUAGCGGUAUCAUUAGAAAGACAAAGAUGGCGGUACAUUGAUCAUAUGAUUUAAUCGAAGAUUUAAGGAGAGUAUUAAAUUCGAUAUCGAAGAUAAGCUUAUUGACGUAAGCUUAUAAAGCUUGCAUACUGAAGCCUAUUGUGCCUGACUGAGCUUAUUGGAGAUGAAAUGUGUGUACAUGUAUUACCAGUCAAAACGAAGCAGCCAUUGUACAGAAUGUGUGGGUCAAGAAGUCAGUCAUGAACCAAUACUAUUUGUAAAUAAUCUCUUGCAAAUGGAAGGUGACCAUCCAACAAAUAAUCAAUGGAAAUUUGUAGACAAAAGAUCUUUUAGUACCUUUUACAAUGGGGAACAAAAUAAUACUGUGCUUAAGUUCAAGUAUACACCACCAACGACUUCAGAACUCCUUGAUGGACAAUCACCCAAAGCAGAUGGUCAAAUCAACUACAAAAGUCAUUCACGCCUUCAUCAGUAUUUAAAUUUUGGCAAUCAAAACCACAAACCUAGAACAAGUCUAAAGAGCAGCAGAAAUUUUCCAAUAUUUGGUGAUUUUUACUUAAAUUCAAAUUCCCUGAAAACUCUAAUUGUGUCUGCAGAAAAAGAUAGAGGGCGUUGGUGUGUCUAUUCUGGCUCAUCUACCUGUUCCUCAAACAAAACGAAACUUCAUUCAACUCCAGAAUUUAAGGCUAAAACAUGUUCUGGGAGGACAUUAAAUCUUAAAGAAAGUAUGCGUUCUGCCUAUUCAAAAAGAAGUGGAGGCUCUACUUUUACUUCUGCACUGAAUCAGAAAUAUGACAUGCAAAGCUUGAAGAGAAAAUACAACAUUACCAAUUAUCACAGGGGUAAAUGGCUUAUUUCAUCUAAAGAAAGAAGCAGAUGUCUAUGGAGGGAAAUUUGUAAAUUGAUAUCUAGCAAAGACCUUGUACAUUGCAAUGCAAAAUAUCAGGAAAUGAUGAAAGAAAUCUGGAUUUACUGUGAUUUCAGUGAUAGCCUUGAUGCCUGGUUGUACGAAGCCUGGAUAACGCUAUGUGGCGGAUAAAUUCUUAUCCAGAGGAUAAGUCGAUGCCACCCGGCCUAGAAGUAAAAAUCACAGGAUGUCAAAAGGCGGGUCAAGACCAGGAAUAUACAGACAAGUUACAGCGAUUCUCAAUCACACGCGUGAAAUUGUACUAUUUGUUAUCGUGAUGAAGUAGGUUUAUAGAUGGACGUCAAUCUGAAUCAAUGCGUUUCCAUGACGUUCCACAGGCACGCGCCUUUAAAGCCUUUGUGGCUUUGUUUUUGAGCCUCGAGCGGCGUAACCCUGCUUGGUUUUGGAGUGAGCUCAGUUUCGCCUGGAAUAGCAGUUUUGAUUUGCUUCCCAGCGGCGUGUUGGUGUAAGUCAUGAAGCUAUUUGCAGUUUCCAGCAGUUUGGUGAAAGAAUAUUGAUUGUUAUUUGUGUAUUCAUUGUUUUACUUUUCCGCGUCUUCCACGGGACUAUGUAAUUAUAUGCU